AUGGAUUCGGCUAUUACUACAAGUCUCGAGGCCCCUACGGGGACAGCAACCACUCGACGAAACGACACUACGAAAGAGCCCAGCGCCACAACCGAAGUCCCCAAUGAACGAACAAAUGGAGAAAAGAAAUCCUAUGCUUUUAGGAAAUAUAGACAUGUUACCGCGAUUCACUCCGAGUCGAGACCGUCCACGCUGAGCCAUGACACAACAGCCACUCCGAGUUUCCUGGGGUUUAGAAAUCUGAUGGUUAUCGUGUUAGUGGUUGGAAAUUUGCGAUUGGUAAUAGAGAACAUGCAAAAGUACGGGAACCUGAUAUGUAUAACGUGUCACGAUUUCCGCCGUCAGGAUGUCCUCCUCGGCUUCCUGCUCUAUAUAUUAGUUCCUUGGCACCUCUUCAUUGCCUACUCGUUCGAAUGGUACGCCGCUAAGCAGGCACGGAUUUCACGAGCUCAAUCUGCUAGCAAAGGCGGGUCCGCAAGCCCGACGGAAGAUCAGCAAGCCAACUUUGAGUCGAAAUGGAAGAUUAUUAGGACUGCUCAUCUCCUAAACGCCACUCUAGCUCUGGCUUUCCACAGCUGGGUCGUCUAUUUCCAUAUCUACCACCCCCUAAUUGGUACGAUAACGGAGCUUCAUGUCAUCAUUGUCUAUAUGAAAGUCUUGUCGUAUGCGCUUACGAAUAGGGAUCUUCGUCAUGCGUAUCUCCACCCAGUCAAAGGCGAAUUGGCUAUCCUCCCUGAACUAUAUGCGCAAUGCCCGUAUCCCCAGAAUAUCACGAUGAGCAAUCUAACCUACUUCUGGUGGGCCCCGACACUCGUCUACCAGCCAGUAUACCCUCGAUCAGAGAAUAUUAGGUGGCUUUUUGUCCUCAAGCGACUCAGCGAAUUGGUUUGCCUGAGCGUCUUCAUAUGGUUCUGCAGCGCCCAGUACGCAGCCCCGGUCCUAUGGAACUCACUUGACAAGAUAGACCACCUAGAUCUAGUAUCGAUUGUCGAGCGGCUUUUGAAGCUGUCUACAAUCUCGCUUGUCAUCUGGCUGGCUGGCUUCUUUGCUCUGUUCCAAUCGGCACUCAACGCACUAGCCGAGAUUAUGCGAUUUGGAGACCGCUCUUUCUACGACGACUGGUGGAACUCGGCUGGCCUGGGAGACUACUGGCGGCUCUGGAACAAACCUGUCUACCAGUUCAUGAAGAGGCACAUAUUCUCGCCCUUGAUAGGCAGGGGCUGGAGCAUGCAAUUAGCCAGUAUCGCCGUGUUCUUCGUCUCGGCUAUACUACACGAACUUCUAGUUGGUAUCCCAACCAAGAAUCCCAUAGGAGUCGCCUUUUUGGGGAUGCUCGUCCAGAUCCCGUUGAUCUGGUUCACGCGGCCGUUCUCGAAGAUGAAGGGCCCGCAUGGCCGACUCAUCGGCAACUGCAUCUUCUGGGUCUCGUUCACGAUCUUAGGUCAGCCGUUUGCUGCGCUGGUGUAUUUCUAUGCCUGGCAGGCUAAGUACGGAUCUGUUGCUAAGAGGAUGGCUCUGAAUCAACCGCCUGCGUUGAACUAG